CCUCUACGCCACACUAUCAGGCACACAGCUUUUGACAGAGAGAAAACUACAAAACUGGAUGGGAGGUGAGGGCGCGAUUGACGGCGGAGUGCGGAGGCGGGGAUUGACAUUCCGGAAAAACGACUUUUUUCCGGAAGAGUCGUUCAAGAGUUGGAACAACUAUGCCAGAGCCAUUAUGGAGACGCCGUGGAGGUUGAUGGAUCGGGUGCUGAGUCGAUCCCAGGACCACACGGAGCUCGUAGAGAUGAAGGCUCGGAGCGGCCACGAGAUGAAGAAGACGCUCAACUGGUGGGACCUCAUGUGGUUCGGAAUCGGCGCCGUCAUCGGCUCCGGCAUAUUCGUCCUCACCGGCCUCGAGGCUAGGUCAACGGUCGGACCCGCCGUCGUCCUCUCCUACGUCGUUUCCGGAGUCUCCGCCUUGUUCUCCGUCUUCUGCUACACCGAGUUCGCGGUAGAAAUCCCCGUCGCAGGUGGAUCAUUUGCGUACUUAAGAGUAGAACUGGGAGAAUUUGUGGCCUUCAUAGCUGCCGGAAACAUCCUCCUUGAAUAUGUAAUCGGCGGCGCCGCGGUGGCUCGGUCAUGGACCUCUUAUUUCGCCACCCUCUGCGGCCAACACCCUGAUGACUUUCGUAUAGUAGUCCACAACAUGAACCCUGAUUAUGGGCAUCUGGACCCUAUAUCCAUCGGAGUACUCAUAGCCAUCACUCUCCUCGCAGUGUACAGCACCAAAGGCUCUUCAAUCUUCAACUUCAUUGCCACGAUCUUUCACUUGAUUGUCAUUGCCUUCAUCAUCAUCGCAGGCCUAACGAAGGCCAACACCGAAAACUACAAACCUUUUCUUCCUUUUGAAGUUCGUGGCGUGUUCAAGGCUUCGGCUGUUCUUUUCUUUGCCUAUGUUGGCUUUGAUGCUGUCUCAACCAUGGCUGAGGAAACCAAGAACCCUGCGAGGGACAUUCCCAUUGGUCUCGUGGGCUCAAUGGUGAUUACCACAUUCUUAUAUUGCGCGCUAGCUGUGACACUAUGCCUCAUGCAAAAGUACACCGACAUUGACCCAGACGCUCCCUAUUCGAUUGCGUUUAGUGCUGUGGGAAUGGAUUGGGCUAAGUACAUUGUUGCAUUUGGGGCGUUGAAUGGAAUGACCACUGUGUUGUUGGUGAGUGCGGUGGGUCAAGCUCGUUACCUAACCCACAUUGCACGUACCCACAUGAUGCCUCCUUGGUUUGCUCAUGUUGAUGAGAAAACUGGGACACCCGUGAAUGCCACAAUUUCCAUGCUUGCAGCCACAGCCGUAAUUUCUUUCUUCACUAAACUUAAUAUUCUCUCCAACCUCUUGUCAAUUUCCACUCUCUUCAUCUUCAUGCUUGUGGCUGUGGCGCUUCUAGUGCGCCGCUAUUACUCAAGUGGGGUAACCACAAAGCAGAAUAAAACGAAGCUCAUUCUGUGCCUUGUGCUGAUUUUGGGGUCUUCGUGUGGAAUUUCUGGUUAUUGGGCAAGCAGCGAUGGUUGGAUUGGGUAUGCAAUUUUCGUGCCGCUGUGGAUUUUAGGGACUGUGGUUCUUUGGCUUUGUGUUCCGCAGGCAAAGCAACCGAAACUUUGGGGGGUGCCCUUGGUUCCAUGGCUACCUUCUUUAUCUAUUGCCAUUAACAUAUUCCUUCUUGGCUCUAUUGAUAAAGAUUCAUUUAUCAGAUUUGGGGUGUGGACAGGGCUCCUCUUGGUAUACUAUGGGCUACUGGGGCUACAUGCUUCUUAUGAUACAGCGAAAGGGUUCGAGAGCCAAAAAACUUCUGUGGAUGUUGAUAAGCAGUGGAACAAGGCGGAAGAAGGGGCGCAAGGGGCAAGAGGGCAAGUGCCUCUUACAGCAGUUACAACUGACUAAUGUACAAAAAGUUGCCGUAACUAGACAAAAGGCUUCUCAGCAAAUAAUUUACUUAAACUUUCGAUAUUCCAGUUUGUCAAAAAAAGUAGCUGUGGGUGUGUAUUUUUCAAAAAAAGAAGCUGUGGAUGUGUGAACAUGUUUCUUAUUAGUGUUGCUGAAUUAUUUGUAGAGUGAUAAUCUUUAGACAACGAUCUGUUUUAGAAUAGUUUCUUUUUAGCAGUAAAAUCUGCAUGGUUAGUACA